UAUCUCUCUCAUAAUAUUACAUCUAUCACAUUAUUAUUUUUACAAGGCACCAAACAAGAAUGGAGGGUGAUAAGAAUAAUAGGAUUAUUGUAUUUGGUGGAACUGGUUAUAUAGGAAAGUAUGUGGUGAAAGCAAGCAUCUCUUUAGGUUAUCCAACUUUUGUGUACACUCGACCUAUAACCUCACAAACUUCUCCCUCUAAGAAACAACUUUGCCAAGAAUUCAACUCUAUAGGAGUAACAUUAGUGGAGGGAAAUCUUGAACAUGAGCAUCUUGUAGAAGUGAUUAAACAAGUUGACAUUGUGAUAUGUACGUAUGGAUACCCUCAAGUUCUGGAGCAACUCAAAAUUACCGAUGCUAUCAAAGUUGCUGGUAAUAUCAAGAGAUUUCUUCCAUCGGAGUUUGGUGUGGAAGAGGAUAGAAUAAAUCCUCUACCUCCUUUUCAAGCUUUUCUUGAUAAGAAAAGAAAAAUUAGAAGAGAAAUUGAAGCAGCUAACAUCCCUUAUACUUAUAUCUCGGCAAGUUUUUGUGGUGCAUAUUUUGUAAAUUUCUUGCUUCGUCCCUAUGAGGAAAAGAAUGAAAUUGUUGUUUAUGGUGAUGGUGAUAUCAAGGGUGUACUAAAUUAUGAAGAAGAUAUUGGUACCUACACUAUUAAAGUAGCAAAUGAUCCAAGAACACAAAAUCGCAUUGUUACUUAUCGACCUUCGAAAAAUAUCAUAUCACAAAACGAAUUGAUAUUGCUAUGGGAGCAGAAGACUGAUCAGAAAUUUUCCAAGACUAUUAUAUCUGAGGAAGAGAUUGUUAAAUUAUCACAAACUUUACCUCCUCCACAAGAUAUACCAAUUUCAAUAAUUCAUAGUGCAUAUGUUAGAGGAGACCAUAUGUUUGAACUAAGAGAAGAUGAUCUUGAAGCUUCACAACUAUAUCCUGAACAUAACUACACAUCUAUUGAUCAACUUCUUGACAUAUUUCUUGUUAACCCUCCACCUCCUGCAUCUGCUGCUUUUGGAUGAAAUUACUUUAUUUUGCAUUUGAUUUGAUGGUGGUUACAAUAAAAGAGUAGGUAGUUGCUCUUGUUGGUGUCAUUGAAUAAUUUUAGAGUAAUUGGACUAUGUUAUCUUCCGUCUUUGUAGCCCCAAUCUAGCCUUUUGUUUUAUGUUUUUUUUCUUAUGGUGUUUUAUUGUUUUCUUUCUAUUUUUAUCUUGUGGGCCACGUCUUGUAAUUUUGUUUUUUUUUUGUAAUAGGUGUGAGCAGUA